UGCGUGAAUGGCGGCGUCUGAGAAGGUCAAGGUCAACGUGUCGGUGAUCAUGACGGUGUACAACGGAGCCGAGUGGCUUGGGGAGGCCCUCUACUCGAUCCUCUCCCAAUCCUUUCCUGGGAAGAUGGAGCUCUCGCUCUUCGACGACGCUUCAACAGACGAUUCCACGAAAGUACUGGACGACCUCCGAGCAAAAUUUGCAGAGAGAGACAUCAAAAUUGUAACUGGCAGUACAGAUCAAGCAGAACCAAAAGGAGUUGGCUAUGGCAGCAACCGUGCGAUAAGACAGAGCUCGGGGGAUUUCAUCUGUGUACUAGAUGCCGUAAGUUUCUUUCACUCUUCUUCUCCUCCAAUGAACAGUUUGCGUUUUUUCCCUCAAGGACGAUGUGAUGAGAAGUGACAGGAUCACGGAGCAGUACACAGUGGCUCGAGCCCACCCAGACGCAAUUGUUGGGAGCUGCUUCUCAAGAGAGCCGAAAAAGGUCGACUGAGCGCUACACCAGAUGGUGCAACUCAAUAACCCCUUCCCAACUAUACACCCAGGCAUUCACUGCGUUUGGUCCCACUGUGAUAAAACCCACUUGGUUCUUUGCUAGAGGAGUGUUUGAAAGAGCGGGACCAUUUUGUGAAGAUGGAAAGGCAAGCAUACUUCCUAGAUUCUUAGCUAUGUACAUAUGGGGCUGCUGUGCAACAAACCAAGUAAAAGUGGUGGGAAAUAGAACCGAGGGGUAAACAACAGAUAAUGAGGGCCAAAUAUGAAAAAAAAAGGGGCAAAAUAAUUUGAGGGCGUUUUAGGAUUUGGGGUGUCUUUGAAGCUGUCCAUCUCCCUUUGCCAACGGCCAUUCCACACAUUGUUUCAAAAUGUCACAGUCAGGCAUCUCCUGAGGACACA